AUGACCUAUCAGCUGGUCAGUGUAGCAGAGAAGAGGCCAGCGACAGUGGACAUCUCCAAGAAACCAAAAACACCAAAGAAGAAGAAGCGCAAGGACCCCAACGAGCCGGUGAAGCCAGUUUCCGCCUACGCCCUUUUCUUCAGGGACACCCAAGCCAACAUCAAGGCCCAGAACCCCAACGCUACCUUCGGAGAGGUGUCCAAGAUCGUGGCCUCCAUGUGGGACGGCCUGGGGGAGGAAGAGAAACAGGAGUACAAGAAGAGGACGGAGACGGCGAAGAAGGAGUAUCUGAAACAACUGGCUGCAUACAGAGCCAGCCUGGUCUCACAGAGUUACAACGAUCCGUCUGAAAUGAAGCCCCCCCACUCUUCCUCGAUACCUUCCUCUACCUCAAUGUAUAGCCCUAAGCCUUCAGUGUACCCCGGUCAUCCAGGCCAGCACCACUCCUCCAGCCCAAUGGCCCCCCCCCACUCUCACCCCCACCCCCACCACCACUCUCACCCCCACUCUCACGCUCACUCCCUCCCUUCCCACCAGCACCCCAGCAUGUACAUGCCGUACCCUCACCAGUCGCAGCCUUCCCACGCCUCAAGCCCCGGCCUCAGCCCACACCUGCCCCCCCCUCACACCCAGAUGCACCCCCAGCUCCAGGCCCUGUCCUCCAGAGGGACGGUGCCACUCCCCAGCGUGCCCCCCCACCAGGGAGCUCUGUCCCUGGGCAGCAUGGCGGCGUCCAGCCCUCCGCUCCAGGUCAGCCCCCCACUCCACAGCCAGGCCCACUUGGGGGGGCUGCACAGUCCCCACCAGCAGCAUCACCAGCACCACCACCAGCAGCAGCAGCACCAGCACCAGCAGCACCAGCAGCUCAGUGGACACUCUCUGGGAAUGACACACUCCCCGGGCAUCUCACAGGUCAGUCCCCUCUCUAACACACAUCUAGUUUAA